ACGUCACAGUGGUUUCAACGAAAUGGACCUAUGAAUAUCAACCACUACGCAAAUAAGAAGAGCGCUGCGGAGAGCAUGUUGGACAUUGCCCUGCUGAUGGCCAAUGCGUCCCAGCUGAAAGCUGUGAUGGAGCAAGGACCUUCUUUUUCUUUCUACAUCCCACUUAUCAUUCUUAUCAGCCUGUCGCUCACACUGCAAGUUAUGGUGGGAGUGCUCCUGAUAUUCCUUGUAAAAUAUGACCUUAACAACCCUGCAAAACAUGGAAAGCUGGAUUUCCUCAACAACCUUGCAACUGGACUAGUAUUCAUUAUAGUAGUUGUGAAUAUUUUUAUCACUGCCUUUGGAGUGCAGAAGCCAAUUGCUGAGUCAGCGUCAAGACAGUAAGUACAAGAGACCUGAAGCAUUCAUUCCUCCAUAGGUGCCAUUUGCACUUGAGCCAGUUACACUUGGACACAAUAGAAAAAAAAAAUAAUCUGAAGAAGCUGGACAUAUCGAGCAGCAUUCUCAAGUUUCCAACAACCAACACAUUUGUGCACCUGAAAUUUUCCAAUGUGUUAAUAUUUAAACUGUUUGGCAUCUAAGGAAAGGUUGAUUUUGACUCAAGGACAUUGUUUUUAUGGAAUAUUGGCAUUUCAAUUUCUGUAGAAAUUAAUUGUUUUUCAGAGAAGUGGCAUAAGCUCAUCAAACAAGGUAGUAUCAGCUGGCGGCACUUCACAGGACUUCCCAUUUUCCAUGCCUUCUGGUUUUGUGGCAAUUUGUCAUUUCCAGCGUGGCAAGAAAUGGCAGGCCUUCAGUUCUGGCAUGGUCACAUUGUCCUUUAUUUCACUCGCUUGGCACCAAACCUGCGUACUCCACAGCACAGCAGCGGCCUUCCUUUGCAGCGUGCAAAGACAGCUGUGCCUUGUUUUCCUUUUUUCCACUCUAGCUAAAGCAAGGAGGAGACAAACAGAAACAGUAGGCUAUCUUUUGUCCGGUUUUGCUCACAGGUAGUCGUUUGUCCUGUUUCUUCAUCUCUGGACCACACUUAAAAUUUCCUUCUCCUUUGUGCACAGGCACAAAUAACCUAAUUGCUAAUAGUUUCUUACUAUUGACAUCUAUACUCCAUAUUCUGUGCAUUAUAUAUAUUUCUGGAAACCCUGUUAGAAGCGCUACCUUU